UCUGUUUCUCAACUCCCCUUUCAGAUUUGCAAUUCAUAGUUAGAUAUAUACAAUGGCGUUUUCUUUCAGAUAUCUCGCUGCUCGCUCGUUGCUGCUUCUAAUGCUCUUUGCCGGCGCCCGGUCUGUGACACACAGAAAUGAGAUUCAACAGUCUAGUGUUGAAGAUACAAUGCGGUUGCAGAGCUUGCAGCACGGAACAAUGGCGGAUAGGUCAAAAGAAGAAGCUGAAGCCCGGAAUGAGCAUGCCGUACAGGAUCCCGAAAUGAUUGCUUCCAUGGUUGACAUGAGCAUUCGCAAUAACACCGAAAGAAGGAAGUUGGGUUUCUUCUCAUGUGGAACUGGCAACCCUAUUGAUGACUGCUGGAGGUGCGAUUCCGAUUGGCAGCGCCACCGUAAGCGCCUUGCCGACUGUGCCAUCGGCUUCGGGCGCAAUGCCGUUGGAGGCCGUGAUGGAAAGUUCUAUGUUGUCACAGACCCAAGCGAUGAUGAUCCAGUCGAUCCCAAACCUGGCACACUACGCUAUGCUGUGAUCCAGGACAGGCCUCUGUGGAUUGUGUUCAAGAGGGAUAUGGUGAUCACGUUAAAGCAAGAGCUGAUCAUGAACAGCUUCAAAACAAUUGAUGCAAGAGGAGCCAAUGUCCACAUUGCCAAUGGGGCAUGCAUCACCAUCCAAUUUAUCUCAAACGUCAUUAUUCACGGCCUCCAUAUUCAUGAUUGCAAGCCCACCGGAAAUACUAUGGUUCGAAGCUCCCCAACUCAUUAUGGCUGGAGGACAAUGGCUGAUGGAGAUGGUAUUUCUAUUUUUGGAUCAAGCCAUAUAUGGAUCGAUCACAAUUCUCUCUCUAACUGUGCUGAUGGUCUCAUUGACGCCAUUAUGGGAUCAACCGCCAUUACCAUCUCCAACAAUUACUUCACCCACCACAAUGAGGUAAUGUUACUGGGACAUAGCGACUCCUACACACAGGAUAAGAUCAUGCAGGUCACUAUUGCCUACAACCAUUUUGGAGAAGGACUUAUCCAGAGAAUGCCAAGGUGUAGGCAUGGGUAUUUCCAUGUGGUAAACAAUGACUACACUCACUGGGAAAUGUAUGCUAUCGGUGGAAGUGCAGAACCAACGAUUAACAGCCAAGGGAACAGAUAUCUUGCCCCAGCAGACCCUUACGCCAAAGAGGUAACCAAGAGAGUGUUGACAGAAGACAGUGUAUGGAAGCACUGGAACUGGAGAUCAGAUGGAGACCUUAUGCUGGAUGGAGCCUUCUUUACACCAUCAGGAGCUGGAGCUGAAGCCAGCUAUGCCAAGGCCUCGAGCUUAGGGGCCAAGCCCUCCACCUUGGUGGCCUCCCUCACCUCUGAUGCCGGCGUCCUUAAUUGCCACAGGGGCAGCCCAUGUUAGCCUCCCUGUCAUCAAACAUGGAAAUCAGGAAAGAAACAAACGAAGAAGAUCUAUAAAGUGAAACAUUCCCAGUUUUUCCUUCCCUUAAUUAUAACUAUUAUAGAGCCGCCAUACUAAAUCAUUAUCUGCUCCUGUCCCAUGAUACCUCAACCUCGGCCUGCUUCAAUUCUAGAAAUUUGACACCUCUGGAGCAGGCGCAGAAGCGUUGCCGCCUCUUCAAGCUGUUCCAAACUCAUCAAUUUGCUUGCCUCUACCCAUCUUAGUCCAGCUGGUUUCUCUUGCCUCAACCUUCUUUAUUUUCAUCUCUUCUCUUCUUCCUCCACAACUUAAACUUAAUUUUGCUUUCUCCUCUCUCUCUCUCUCUCCCCCACGGUUGAGCCACACGCAAUAAGAGGCCCCGUUUCAUAAUGGCGUUUUAGGAGCAAAGUUUUCUCUUGUAAUCCCCAAUGUUUAUGUAAUUAUAUUCUCCCAAUUGCAGA